CUUCAGCUCUUGUUGUUAUCAAUUAAUUAUCACGUUGGUGUACACGCGAAGAACGUUUUGAAGCACUAGACGAUGGCUGGCAGAGGUCCAAAGAUACAGAAAGUGAUGGUCCAGCCGAUUAAUCUUAUUUUCAAGUUUCUCCAAGGGAAACAGAGAGUCCAGAUCUGGCUGUACGAACAGAAUAAAACAAGAAUUGAAGGCAUUAUCAUAGGAUUCGAUGAGUACAUGAAUCUUGUGUUAGAUGACGGGGAAGAGAUUCAUUUGAAACAGAAAACUCGUAGAAGUCUCGGUCGUGUAUUACUGAAAGGCGACAAUAUCACACUGAUGAUGGCAGUCUAGUCUGUAGGUCUGUAGACAUCGAUGCAGAUUAACAAUGUUUUUGGUAAACACAAGGUAGCGUAACUUGCUAGGUGAAAGAUGAAACAUACGUAACAAUAUUCACUAUGCGUACUGGAUGUAAUUGGGAACGUUUUAAUUCUGUGUUUCUCUUCAACUGGA